UCUGGCGUUCGUUCGCUCGCGGAGGCUGCGGCUCACACCCCAGCUCGCAGCCGCCGAGGAGAGCGCGGGAAGCGGCCCCGCGCUGAAAUGGCAUAAAAGUCUUGGGGGGAAAAGUACCUGAUUGAAGAAUGGCAGAAGCAGUCUUGAUUGAUCUCUCUGGUUUACAAUUGAACUCUCAGAAAAAGUGCCAUGAGACGCUACUGAAGACACUGGAUAGUAUUCACUACCACCAUGUUCCCGAGGCCAAGUUCCUUUGCAUAAUAUGUUGCAGUAAUACCACCAAGGAAAAAGAUGAGGAGUGUGGCCUUAGUGAAUUGGAAGCAGGAAAUGGCUUUUCAUGUCUCAUGGGAAAAUUUGAGACUGUUAGCAAUCCCAGCCUGGCUGCCUCUUUUUAUACAAUUAAACAAAAAAUUGAUGAAAAAAAUCUGAGCCGCAUUAAGAUGAUUGCACCUGAGCACAGGAAACUGUUAAUGAAGGCUUAUCUUGACCAACUCUUCACCAAGGUGUACGAGUUUGAGUUUGAAGAUUUACAGGUAGCUUGCAGGGAUAGCCUUUUGAAACCGUCCACUGAAAUAAACUUGACCACAACUCAUGAACUGGAAGACAUCCAGAGUGAAAUAGAAACGUACUUGAGAAGCCUGCCAGCACUGAAAGGGGACCUAACUAUUGUCACAUCUCCUUUGAUCCCAGACAUCUUCCUACAUGGAUUUACUACACGGACAGGUGGCAUAUCUUACAUCCCCACUCUCAGCUCACUCAAUCUUUUCAGUAGUUCCAAACGGAGAGAUCCCAAAGUAGUUGUUCAAGAAAAUGUUCGUAGGUUGGCAAACGCUGUAGGAUUUAACGCAGAGAAAUUUUACCGAAUAAAGACAGAUCACGCCAAUGAAGUGUGGGUUAUGGGCAAGAAGGAGCCUGAGUCUUACGAUGGGAUAAUCACAAAUCAGAGAGGAGUCACAAUCACAGCUCUGGGUGCCGACUGUAUACCUAUAGUCUUUGCAGAUCCUGUGAAAAAAGCAUGUGGGGUUGCUCACUCUGGCUGGAAAGGUACCUUGUUGGGUGUAGCUAUGGCUACUGUGAAUGCUAUGAUAGCAGAAUAUGGCUGUGAUCUGGAAGACAUUAUUGUUGUUCUGGGACCUUCAGUGGGAUCUUGCUGCUUUACUCUCCCCAAAGAAUCAGCAAUCUCAUUUCACAAUCUUCAUCCUUCAUGUGUGAGACAGUUUGACUCACCAAGUCCCUAUGUUGACAUCCGAAAAGCCACCAGGAUUCUUCUAGAACAAGGAGGAAUUCUUCCACAGAAUAUUCAAGACCAGAAGGAAGAUCUUGACCUCUGCACAUCCUGUCAUCCUGAGAAGUUUUUUUCACAUGUCCGUGAUGGUCUUAACUUCGGUACACAGAUAGGCUUCAUAUCCCUUAGAGAAUGAGGUUCUUGACUGGAAUUUUGCAUAAAUGUUUCACACAUCCUUCUAUGCUGGCUGCAAAAGAGAAUAUUUAGCUUUUUGAUUUAUAUAAAAUCACGAGGAUUAUAAAAGAUAAUUCAUCUUUAUGGUAUGAUCUCACUGUUACCCAAAGCCCAAUGACUUUGCUCUAAUUCUUAUGACAACUGAUGAAAAAAAAAUCAGUGUGAUGUCAUUCCUAAAGUUUGUUCUCUGUAUUUAUCUAUAAUUCAAGACCAGGUCUGUUCAGCUCAGUGUUUGGCAGAUGCCAGCUUUUGUUUAGGGAUGAAGCCCAGUCCAGUGAGAAAUAAAGCCACCUUUCUCAUUUGAAUCAAAUACAGUACGGGAGAUAAACAUUGCCUUUUAACUAUGUAUUUUUAGUUGCCUUGUAAAAUACUAGGUUUCCUUGUGGCACUCUCAUGUUUCUACUGACCCUCCCCUGCCUUUCCCUGCCCCCUUGUACACCUUUCACUCCCAGAAGCCCCUCUUUCCUGUCUCAUGGGUUUUAUUACUUCUUCCCUGCUCAAUCCCCUUUUUAUGUUCCCUUUCUAGAUUCAACACCUAUAUCCACACUUAUGCCCACAAAUUUACAUAUCCAUAUAUGUGUAUGUUUAUAUAAACAUUAAAAGUUAGAAUUUAUAUAUAAGGAAAAACAUGCAGUGUUUGUUAUUCUG